AUAUAAACAGAGUGAAGUUUAACGUGUCACUCUCUAGACUCUUCUGUGGUGCUUAGUUCUCAUUCUUGGGGGUUCUCUUUUGUUGACACGUUCACACUAGUUGCAAUGUCGUCAAAUAGACACGCAUAUGUCUUUGUAUCUAAGUUUUGUGUUGUGAGAAAAAUCUACAUAUUAUGGAUUAGAUUAGUUGCAAAAAAGCCUUAUUAUAUAACUUGAACUGCUAAGUAAUGAGACGUAUCACCUAAUACCUUCUAGCUCCUCUUUUAAUACCCUUUUCAAGUAUCUUCUUCAAACUGCAAGAGAGAGAGUAGAAUUUGACUCAAUGAUGAAGAAGAUGAGACUGAUGAUGCUGUUAAGGAGAUGCAAGAGCGUGUCCACGCAACUAGGUCGUUCAUAUUCCUACACAAGCCUCAGAUCCCAAUCAGCAAGAAGAGAUCCACACGACCAACUCCAUGACGUCGACCAAAGCAGCCCUACACCGUCUUUGUACCAGACAGUGUUUGUCGGACGUACCAAGAAACCUUACUUGAUCAGUAAGCAACACCUGAAGCACCCUCUACUCAACGCUCUUGUGGAAAAGCAACAGAGGUACGAAGAAGAUGAAAAUGAAGAUGGAAGCUGUGUGAUUACGGUGAAAUGUGAAGUCGUUUUGUUCGACCAUCUUCUGUGGAUGCUAGAAAACGGAGACCAGGGGCACAUACUGGAGUCUUUAGAUGACUUUGCUCAUCUCUAUCUCUCUCCUUGAUUAGGUUUCACUUGUUUUUUUUCCUUCCGUUACAAGUUACAAUUGUUUAUGCCUUUUAAACUCUAGAGCCUUAUGUUACUUUACUUGGAAGUGCAUGGUUUGUCAAUAUGUUAUUGAGUGCUGAUGGUUAACAAGACAUCCUACCAAAGUUCUGCUUUUUUUAUUUAGAAAUUAAAACAAUCGAUAAUAAUUGUUCCAUUUCUCCUU